GAGCGAAAAUGUCGAGUGUGACUCUCCACGUGUACGACUUGAGCAACGGCAUGGCGCGGCAGCUAUCGCCAGCACUACUGGGCAAGACAAUCGACGGGGUGUGGCACACGGGUGUGCUGGUGUUUGGCAAGGAAUACUUCUUCGGCGGCGGCGGUAUUCAGGCCAUGCAGCCGGAAUUGGUGGUACAGCGCUAUGGUAUGCACCCCGUGCGUACCAUCACACUGGGUGAGACGAGUUUGACACAACAGCAGUUGGAACAAUAUCUGCGCGAGAACAGUGCGCGCUUUACGGACGCUACUUAUGACCUGCUGCGCCACAAUUGCAACAACUUUUCGGACGACGUGUCCAAGUUUCUCGUUGGGUCGGGUAUUCCACAGUACAUUCUGGACCUGCCGAAUGAGGCGCUCAACUCGCCAUUUGGAGCAAUGCUGAGACCCAUGCUGGAGAACAUGAACAACCAGAUGCACGCGGCACCAGGCGACCAACUCUUCUCGAUCCCAUUUAAUGACCCGUCACGUGCCAACCUCGUCGUGCCUGCUGCUGCCUCAUCAUCUGCUGCUACUCCAUCGGUAGAACUAGCGUCGCGUCGGUUUAAAAUCUCCGGGUCGCCUGCCCUCUACUUGGAGAGGAUGGUACAGCUCAUUAAAGAACGCAACACAGAGAAACUACUGUCUGAAGAUGAAGUCUCAGAGCUUGAUGCCUUGUCGGCACACGUCGGGGAGGACAAUAAGGAAGCUGAAUCGACUAAGAGCGUAGAAUGGUGGAAGAUUGCUAGCAAGUUGCUGUCUCAAGGACACGAGUCCGCGCUCUUCUUCCCAGCGCUGGGCUUGAUUCGCGUGCUGUUUCUCCAGCCAGCUCACUCGCAGGCUACAACAGAGAAGAACGCGUGCUUUGAGGCCAUUGUUCACGCCUCAGAAAUCGAACCUUCGUCACUGACGUCCGCACAGAAGACUCUGCUACUGGCUGUGCUGCUGAACGCCUUUGCUAACCCCGGAUUCAGUGACAUGGCGCUCUCCACCUCGACACGUUUUCUUCCUUUCGUGUUCGCUACGAUCGCCGAUCCGUCCACCAGCCAAGAAGCGCGUGUGCUGAGUGCUCACAUCAUCAGCAACUGCUGCUUGGCAAUGAAGAUUGGAGAGGAAGUGGUGGUCACUACCAUCGUCUGUGGUGCUGUGGAGACGCUCGAUCGAAUCUCAAGGCUCCAACCUACUUCUGCUCUACAUCAACAAACCAUCGAAGGAAUUAUCGUCGGCCUUGGCCGCUUGCUGCACAAAUUUGAAGCUGCUCGCACUCUGUCGGUUGAACUUGGCCUCGCUGAAGUCAUCCGCCGCCUGAACGUAACACCAGGCCUCAAUGCCAUCCAGCCACUGCUCUCCGAAGUUGUGCAGUUGAUUUAGAUACGAUAAGAAGAAGAGCACGUUGUCCAAACAUGAAUUAAUACCGGUACCGGUAUUGAUAUACCUGAUUCAUUUACCGCUAAAACAUAAGAUAUUCUACCUAAUCAAUUC